CACAUCUUUGUUUUAGAAAAUGGCAGAAUCUGACUACCUCGACUACACCUGCCUCCUUUGCACAGACACCCAGCGAGACCCUGUCACCAUCCCGUGUGGAGACACCUUCUGCCUGGAGUGCAUUAAGAUCUACUGGGACCAUUCAGACAACCUCGGUGUGUACAGUUGUCCGCAGUGCCAGGCGACCUUCACUCCUCGGCCCAUACUCAGACGCAACGUGCCCCACGUAGGGAACCCGGAGCCUCGGCCACCCCCUCGUGAGCUCAACCUGUUUCCAUACUUCAAGCGUGAUGCGCUGUGUGAUUUCUGUACUGGUCGGCGGAACAGAGCGGUGAAGUCAUGUCUGAUGUGUCUGGCUUAUUACUGUGAGACUCACAUCAAGCCUCAUUAUGAAUCGGCCACAUUUAAACGACACAAACUGGUGGAUGAGACGGGACACCUGGAUCGGAAGAUCUGCCCACAGCAUGAAAAAGGCUUAGAGCUUUUCUGCCGCUCAGACCAGAUGUGCAUCUGUGUGCUGUGUACAGUAAGAGAACAUCGCAGCCACAACAUAGUCAGCGCAGAUGAUGAACGCACAGAGAAACAGAAAGUCUUGGUGGUGACUCAGACAGAGGUUCAGCACAUUAUCCAGGAUCGGAUGAAAGAACUUCAAGAACUCAGACACAAUGUGGAUGUUCUCAAGGGAAAUGCACAGCGGGCUCAGACUGACAGUGAUAAAAUCUUCAGCGAGAUGUUACAGGCGGUAGAGCGCUGGCAUGCUGAGAUAAGCCAGCUCAUACAGGCCAACCUACAGGCCUCCAUGGCUCAGGCACAGGGUUACAUAGAGAGACUUGAACAAGAGAUCAUGGAGCUUCAGAAGAGAGAUGCUGAACUACGUCAAAUACUUGAUACAGAGGACAACAUUCACUUCCUACAGAAUUUUCCCACUCUAUCUGUUGCACCAGAGCCCAUGGUGCCCAAAGUGCUGAUAAACCCAGAGUUUUCCUUUAGUGAAAUCACCAAGACCGUCUCUGACAUGAAAGAACACCUGAACGACAUCUGCAAAAAAGAGCUGGGAAACAUCUCCAAACGAGUGAGUGACAUCUCAAUCUAUAUCCUGAUUCCGAGAUCUGGAGGACAUUUGAAUGCUCUGAUAAGAACUGAUUUGCCAGAGCCUAAAACAAGACUGGAUUUCCUCAAAUAUUCUUCUAAACUUACUUUUGAUCUCAACACUGCCUAUAAAGAGCUGGUCCUUUCAGACGGGAAUCGCCGGGUGAUCCGGAAGAGAACAACCCAGUUCUACCCAGAUCACCCGGAGCGGUUUGAUGGGUUUUGCCAGAUCCUGUGCAAGGAGCCACUCAGCGGAAUGCGGCAUUACUGGGAGGUGGAGUGGAAUGGUGAAUUUUCCAUUGGAGUUGCAUACAAGAGCAUUAGCCGCAAAGGUAAGAACUCAAACAGCCUUCUGGGAUACAAUGAUAAAUCUUGGAGCCUCCUAUGCUCAGAAUCAGGAUACUCUGCCUGGCACAAUAAGAUGGAUAAAGAUCUGCUGGGUGCAGCUCGUGCCUCACGGAUCGGUGUGUACCUAGAUUAUGCCGGAGGAUCUGCGUCCUUUUACUCCAUUUCUGAGACAAUGGAGCUCAUCCACAGAUUUAAAGCCAAGUUCUCAGAAGCACUGUAUGCUGGGUUUGGCGUUGGAUCGUCUGUAACUCUGUGCAUGCUGGAGAAGAACCACCAAACAUACCACUAAUAGGUUCUGAGCUGAGCUUUGACCCUUAGCUCUUUCAGACAGAGUCUGGGAAGGGUGAACAGUCAAACAGGCAAAAUUUAAAGAAUCAUAUUGAAUUGAAGACACAAAGACAUUUCAAGGUCACAUUUUGCCAUGUAAGAAAGA